CCAGGUGUAGUGCAGGCCAGGUACACCAUUUGUCAUGUUCAGUAAGAUCGCUUUGGUGGUGGUGGUGGUGGUGGCUGUGGUGAAUGUGGUAGAAGGUGAUACAGUACCUUUCCUAUCCCACGGACACGGAUUCGGACACGGACACGGCCACGGACACGGACACGGACACGGACACCUGGUCCCCGCCGUGCACCAUGCGGCCAUCCCCUAUGACUUUGGCUACGGGGUGACGGAUCCACACACUGGCACUGACUUCGGCCACACGCAAAAUUCAGACGGUAACGUUGUGAGCGGUGUUUACUACGUGCUGCUGCCAGAUGGUCGCCGCCAGGUGGUGCGCUACACAGCAGACCACGUCCACGGAUUUCAAGCUCAGGUGUCCUACGAGGGCGGCCACCUGCACUAGUCACCUGUGUGGGGCAUGACAGGUGUGUUCCCUCCCUCACCUGGUCACUGGACAAGGUAAUUAAGGUACUUGGAAUUUAGGGGAAGCUUUUGUUUAUUAUUAUUAUUAUUAUUAUUAUUAUUAUUAUUAUUAUUAUUAUUAUUAUUAUUGGUCGAGGGUUAAAAAUAAACAAAAAAAUAGAAAGAAAAAAGAAUAAUGCGUGGUUUAUAUAUCUUUCUGUCUGUCUGUCUGUCUGUCUGUCUGUCUGUCUGUCUCUUUUCUGUCUGUCUGUUUGUCUGUCUGUCUCCUCCUCUGUCUAUUUGCCUGUCUUUUUCUUAUCUGUUUGUCUCUGUUCUCCUUUUUCCUCCUUUUUCUCUGUCUGUCUGUCUGUCUGUAUAUAUGUCUGUCUGUCUAUGUGUCUGUCUGCCUGUCUGUCUAACUGCUUAUUUACCUAUCUUUUUAUCUGCGUGUGUGUUCGUCUAUCUGUUUUUCUGCCUACCUUUCUGUCUGUCUGUCUGUCUGUCUGUCUGUCUGUCUAUCUGUCUGUCAAUUUGUCCGUAUGUCUGCCUGUCACAUCUGAAACCAAGGACCACUACACACACACACACACACACACGCACACACACACACAGCUAUUUAUCGUGUACAGCUAAAACAAACACACAAACAGACAGAUAAACAAACAAACAAAUAUAAAGAUUGGGGAAUAUGGCACGGCACUUCAUCACGGAGAAAUAUUAAUAAAUGUACCUUUUUAUCGCCAAUACGCUGACUAACGCUUCAAAAUUAUACUUAUGCUGUAAAAAAAAUACACGCAGCAGGUGAAUAUUGUAUGCAUGUGCUUUUAAAUACUCUAUACUUGCCUUUGUGUAUUAUGUAUUAUGUAUGGGGUGAAGGUGCUGGCCAUUCAGGUGUGGAGUUGUUAACUGUCCGAACGAUGGUUUGAUUCAUAAGUGCACUGUUUGAAAAGUAUACGUGGGGUUGAAUAUUGUAUGUUUGUAAAUUGGUUUGUGUUUUUGUAUGUGUAUGAAGUGAGUUAUAGAAGAUGUAGUUAUGUAUGUAUCUAUUCAUUCAUCCAUUCAUGCAUACAUAUAUAUACGAAAACGUGAUAUUUAUGUAAUGAAUUAUAAUAUACAGAUGCGAGGGGAAAAAAAUAUAUAUAUAUGUAUGAA